ACGAUGGAGUUGAAGAGUAGGCAUGAUUUAAUUGCAAGGAUGUACAUGGCGGUGCCCUGUAAGGACGAUCACCUUCGAGGUUUAUAUGAAUGAUGAUGCCAUGGAUCAUGUGGUUUUUGCUUUGGCAAAGAAGAAGGCGGCGAAAACGACGCAUAAGGAGCUCCGCACAUUGAGUCCAUGGGCCACCCUGAAUGGACUUAAGACCCAAAUCAAGCCCAAUAGACGAGGAAGGAGUGAGUCCCGCCGACCCAAAUAUCAGUAAAACCCAAACGUUAUCCCGGAAUGAAAGUCGGGACCAUGAAGUUGUCAUGAUUCAUCUUCGCGGACCCCUUGUGUCGUGUUGUCCAAGGUGCAAUAAGGAUAUUAUUUCCUCCAAAUCUAAAAAUGGGCGGAGACGGUAGCAGAUGAACCCGGGCUCUGGUAAACAAACUAUGGCCUUGGUAAAUGAAGAGGGAUGUUAGUAAACAAACCCGAACCGGGCGACCAGGUUGGGCGUGAUAAGUUGUCCCCAGUGCUGACAUUGCCGCGAGAUACACAAAGUUUUGUCCCCAUAACUAACCUCCAGAAGAGGUUACAUACGGAAUGUACGCCGUUAUUUCAGAACUAUACUACCACCACUUUGACAGAUCCUGUCCCCCGGAUCUCCUUAGAAGCCCACGCAAAUCAGACUGAAGCUGCAUACUAUUGUCAGUCUUAUAGCGUGGUUACACUCAGGGCAGCCCAAUGGGCCCUGAUAAGUGCAUUUUAUUUUAUUAAAAUCCUUUGUAUUAAGCCUCCAUCAGUGAGAAAAUAGAGUUUAUACCCUUAUUGGGCCCGGAUUAGUCCAGCCCAAAUCCCGAGCACUCAACUGCCUAUAAAUAUGAACAGCUGUGCAAUGUGGAAAUGAUCUGAUUUUUCUCUUGUAAGCAUACACUUUGCUCAAAUUCAGAGAAAAAUUCCAUUACUAAAGCUCUUUAAGUUCUAAUACAAUUGACUCGUGGACUAAGGCUCUUUAACGCCUCAACCACGUAAAAUCCCUUGUGUGAUUAUCUCUAAUCCUUUCUUCUUAAGCUCUCUUAUCUUUUAUAUUUCUAGUUUUCGAAAAGCUCGGUAAACAUUUUGGUGCUUUCAUUGAGAGCCGAAGAAAGUUUUUUUUUUAAAAAAAAAAAGGAAGAUAUCAAAUAUCUGCAACUAUGGUGAACACGAGACAUACUACAUUCGAUCAUGCUCACCAAGAACAAGGCAAUGGAGAGUCACUGCCCAAUCAAUCUCUCCCUCAAAAUCAACCUGAGGAUACAUCUUAUCAAAUGCCCCAGCCUGACGCCCAGAACUAUGAAGACGUGACAGAUUACGAGGAAGGUUACAAUGAGGAAGAUGAGGAAAAUGAAGGGGGAUACCAUGAUCACGAAGUUGAGGAUUUGGCGAUCCCUGAAGAAGAAGUAGACCCCGAUCAAGAGGACCCAAAGGUGGUUAAACUGAGACAACAAGUCCUGGAUCAAGAGACCAGAAUAUCUUAACAGAAAGAAGCCACCCGCCAGAUGCAAGAAUCCCUCCUGGCCCUGCAGGCUUUCAUUGCUGCCCAAGAAUUGGCGGCCAAUCCUCUAGUUGUACCUCCUCUGUAACGCUCUACUACCUUAGAGUCUUUACUAAGUGAGUUUAAAACGUGCAAUCACUCGCUAAUCAAGGUUUUUAAAGAAAAAGUGUAAUUAAGCCAUAAUCAGAGUAAAAACUUUAGAAAUAACUCUAUACCAUUGAAAAUCAUAAAAGUUUAACACUUGGGAUCCCAAAAUACUGUUUAGAAAUGUUAUCCCCAUUUCCUGCGUGGGCCCGGAACGGCCGUCCAGGCCCAUGGUCAGGGCAUUCAAAAUGUGGGUCCGGGCCAAGGCCUCUUGGUACGGGAAUAUCCAAGGGAGGGCACGGGGCCUAGUGCAAUUCUGGGCCGUACGAGGGUCCGGUAUGGUUAUCCAGGACAGUCAUGUGGGAGACCUGCAGACAUCUCGGACCCCCCGCGGUAUACGUGCCUUGUCUCGGAGCGUGGUACGGUCCGGGCCUGUGGUAAAUGAAGAGGGACAAAGGUAAACGAACCCGGAUCAUGUCAUCCCUCGUUAAUGGGAAAAGCGUCCAGGACCCUGAAGCCGCCCCACUCCGCGUGGAUGUUGUCCCUACUUUUCACCUGCGAAGAAGGCCACAUCGGGAUUGCACGCCGUUGUUUCAGAUCUGCACUGCCAAGUACUCUGACUGGUCUUGUCCCUGAAUCUGCCUCGUAACUCGAAGUGUCCAGACCAAAAGCACCGUUUUGUCGAGCGAAAUAUAGUUCUUGGGCCAACUUAUUGGGCCUUAAUUGGUCUGGAAUUUAUGUAUGUUUUAUCUUUUAUAUUGGGCUUCCACCAGAGAGGCCAAGAAUAUCCAUAUCUCUGAUGGGCCCGGGUCAUACCCGGCCCAGACCCAGUGUUCUCAUGAGCCUAUAAAUACGGGCAAUAGAACACUGGGGAGGGGACCUCUCUUCGACUGAUAUACAGUUACUCUGUAAAAACAUAGAGAGAAGCUCCAUUGUAAAAGACUUUCCAAGCUCUAAUACAACUAACUCGUGGACUAAGGCUUAUUAACGCCCCAACCACGUAAAAAUCAUUUGUUAAUCCUAUAAAUUCAAUAUCAUUAGUCUUAGCUGAUAUUCAUUAGUAUAAUUUCCAAAAAUCUCGGUAAACAGUUUGGUGCUUUCAUUGAGAGCUGAAGAAAGCCAGUGCUAAAGUCAAGCCUUUACUACAAUGGUGAACACAUGGCACACCACUUUCGACCCUAACAAUCCCGAACAGGGCAACGGAGACCCGCGACCUUCACAACAUCCCCCUCAGGAUCCGCCCGAGAACGCACCUCCUCAAACAUCUCACCAUGAGGAGUCACAAGACUACGAAGGUGGGACAGAGAACGAAGAAGAGAAUGAGGAGUAUUACGAAGAGGAAGAUGAGUACCACGGCGAAGCUGCAGAUCCCGAGAUCCCUGAAGAAGAGCCCAACCAACAGGAUAUGGAGGUGACCAGACUGAGGCAGCAAGUCCUGGACUAGGAGGCCAGGAUUGCUGAGCAAGCGGAGGCGCAUCGGCGGAUGCAAGAGUCCCUUCAGGCCCUACAGGCAUUCAUAGCCGCGCAGGGUCCGGCAGCCAAUCACGCAACUGGCCCACUUCCAGGGGUGCAGCAGCCCACUCCACAAGCGCGAGCCGGGGUCCCCGAAGGAGUAAGCCCGGCCCCUCCCCCGGAACCGUUUCCUGAGCCAACUCUAGGAAACUCGGACAGGGAGAAAACGAAUGUCGGAGGAAAGACCCGAGAAAAGACCACCCCCGUCGCAAAGGCUGGGGCCCGUUCCUGGCUGCUCCCUAGGAAAGAAAAGGUGCGCCCCAUCCCAGGACGAGGCCACCCGAUCGAUCCGCAGGGGACACGGCCGCGAAACGCGCAGCCCCGGCAUGCCCCAGGGCGAGACGGGCGGGAAAGAUCAUUGCACCCGAGUGCCUCGGUUAACAAGAACCGUCGAGAACGGCCUCGCAACGAGGAACAUCAUGCCCUCAGUUCAGGGGACGAUACGUCCCGGAUAGACUUACGCGACGGACUGAACGCUCUGAAAGAGCGGGCUCGCAAGGAAAAGAUCCUCCCUCGAGGUGGCGACCUCAGAAACAACAUCAACGACAGGAGGAAUGAAAGAAUCCCCCUGGAGGAUGGCACGGCCAGGCAGCUCAUGGAGCAGCUGGCCGCUCUGAAAAAGGUCACGGAUCGUUUGGUCCGCAAGCAAGAAGGCGCAGACACUGACUCCGAUGAAGAGGAUAAAGAGCCCUGCGCGAGGCACAUCCUGGACGUCAUGCUCCCCAAGGGGUUCAAGAUGUCAAGCCUCACCGCCUAUACUGGAAACACCGACCCCAGGGACCAUCUAUCCCGGUACAACCGGCUCAUGACAGUGGCCCACCUCAGUGACGACGGCAAGUGCCUCUGCUUCUCGAUCACCUUGGGCGGCCCCGCCGAAGAGUGGUGGAAAAGACUUAAGCCGGGAUCCAUCCAAUCCUGGUCUGGGCUGCAGUCAGCGUUUCGCAAGCAGUUCGUGGUCGCCAUGAGGAUGGACAUGUAGAUCAGCGCCCUCACAAAUAUCAAACAACUCCCCACGGAGACACUGAGAGCCUACAUCCAGCGCUUCGCUGAGGAAGCCUCCAAGACGAAAGUGGACGACGGACAGCGCCUGGUGGCGCUUUAGUCCGGAAUCCGGGCCGGGUCCCCCCUUUGGGAUGACAUGCAGCAUAGCAAGGCCGCUACCCUGGAAGAGUUCAUCAGGAGGGCCCAAGGAUUCAUCAACUGGGAGGAAGCUCAGAUCCAGGCUUUCGGAUGGCCUCCGGCUCUGCAGCCCAUCCCUCAGGAAUUCCCGGGAUAUGGGGGGCAGUUCCCGGCGCAGUCUUAUACCACGCCCCCCAUUGCCCCGGGACCGCCCGUCGCGCUUGAGAUCAGCUACACUCCUACGUUGUAUGGCCCUGCCUCUUCAGGGUAUGCCCUGGCCCAAUCCACCCACUUCUCCGGGUAUGGUGUCGCGUCGGCAAGACACAGAAUCGCCCCCGUCGGGUCCCAGCAGUCGCAAGCAGGAGCAACUGAGGCGAGCGUGAACCCCUCCCAGGGGAAGCGAUCUGGCAAAAGCCAGAACCGGCCCGAGUUGGUCAAAAAGGGAAAGAGGGGCUACGAACCCCAAUAUUUAGAAUACACCAAUCUGGUGGGCACCAGGGAGAACAUCUACUUGGCCACAGAAAGGGCGGUUCACUACCAGAACCCUAGCCUCAUGUUCAAACGGGGAAGGAACCCGAGGGACACCAGCAAAAGGUGCGCCUAUCAUAAGGACGUGGGCCACACCACCGAAGAAUGUCGGCAGCUCAAGGAUGAGAUCGAAAAUCUCAUCAAGCUGGGGCACCUCCAUUAGUGGGUUAGGAUGCCCGUGGGAGUCCCGGGCCUGUCAGCAGGCCCCGGACAACCCACAGUCCUGGGAACGCCCCGGGCAUACCCCCCUCAGGGAGGGUACGCACAGGGACCCACGGCGCAGGCCCCUCAGGGGGCCCCUAUCGCCCAGGUUCCCGGCCCCGGAGCGCCUUACCCCUCCGGGAUGGCACCCCCUCGAGUUGACGGGCAUGUGGCCACCAUCUCGGGCGGGCCUCACCUGGGAGGACCGUCCAGGAAUGACCAAAAGCGCUACUUAAGCGAGCUAGACCACGAUCAGGAGGUGUACGCCCUCGUCCAGGCCCCGGCUCAGCGCCCUAAAUUGAUGAACCUCCCCAUCACCUUCACGGAGGACACGCCCACAGUGUCCACUUUCUGCACCACGACCCGCUGGUCAUAGAUGCUCAAAUCGCCAACAAGUUGGUAUCCCGCGUGUUGGUGGACGAUGGGAGCUCCGUCAACCUGUUGUUCAAGCCCGCUUUCACCGCCAUUGGCUUGACUGAAGCGGAUCUGGCAUCGUGCCCGACCUAGAUUUACGGCUUCAACGGAGAUGCACUUCUCCCCAUGGGAAAGAUCCAGCUGCCCGUUACGCUCGGGAGUGAAUUGCAGCACUCGUUCAAGUUCUGCACCUUUGUAGUGGUGGACUGCCCCACCGCUUACAACGUCAUCUUUGGCUGGCCCGCAUUAGUCGAGUUCGGAGCCAUCACCUCCACCCGUCAUCUUUGCAUGAAGUUCCCAUCCGACAACGGAGGGGUAGGGACUGUCCGGGGAGACCAGAAGAGCGCCCGGAAGUGCUACCAUGUGUUGGCCCGGCCCAUAUACAUGAUCCGGGAAGAACCCGUUGAGGACUUCGUCGAACCGAUUCCCCUCCCACCUGCUGAGAGGAUGGUCCAGGAAGAAGAUGACCUGGACCCGCGGAUAGGGGAUGACAGCGUCCUGGAACCAAUGGAAGAGAUAGAAGAGGUGUGCAUCAGCGACACCGAUCCGACCCGGAUCAUCCAAGUUAGAAAAAGUCUGCCGGCAGACGUUCGGGCCGCCAUCAUCGCCCAAUUUAAGGGAAACCAGGAUAUCCUGGCCUGGUCUCACUCAGACAUGACUGGGAUCGACCGCAACAUCAUCUGCCACGCGUUAAGUAUUGACCCAAACGCGACCCCGAUCUGCCAGAAACGCAGGCCUUUGGGGACAGAGGGCCGAGACCCUUAAGCUGGAGGUUGAGAAGCUGUCUUCUAUCAACUUCACAUGCGAGGCUGUGUACCCCGUGUGGCUGGCCAAUCCCGUCUUGGUGUCGAAACCAAACGGGACAUGGAGAAUGUGCAUCGACUUCACGGACCUCAACAAAGCCUACCCGAAAGACUGUUUCCCGCUACCCCGGAUCGACCAAAUGGUAGAUGCUACGUCUGGGUACGAGAUCUUGAGCUUCAUGGAUGCUUACUCCGGCUACAAUCAAAUCUCUAUGCACGUGGCAGAUCAGGACUACACCAGCUUCCAAACCGACAAGGGAAUCUACUGCUACAUAGUCAUGCCCUUCGGACUGAAGAACACCGGAGCGACUUACCAAAGGCUCGUCAAUCGAAUCUUCCGGGCCCAGUUAGGGCGAAACAUGGAGGUCUACAUCGAUGACAUGCUGGUCAAGUCCAAGACGUCCGGGAACCAUUCGAAUGACCUGGCGGAGGCCUUCGCAGUCAUUCGGAAGUACAGGAUGAAGCUGAACCCCAAAAAGUGCACUUGUUUCGUGGCCUCCGGGAAGUUCCUGGGCUUCAUAGUGAGUUUCCGAGGAAUAGAAGCCAAUCCAGAUAAGAUCAAGGCACUGAUUGAUAUGGCCUCUCCCCGGAAGCACAAGGACGUCCAAAGCCUGACGAGGCGAAUAGCCGCCUUGAGCCGCUUCGUUUCCAAAGCCACGGACAGUGCAUCCCGUUCUUCAACGUCCUUCGAGGAAGCCAGCGUUUCGAAUGGUCAGCCGAAUGCGAAGAGGCCUUUCGUAAGCUGAAAGAGCACUUGGCCCAAGCCCCAAUCCUGGCGAAACCGGUAGACGGGGAGCCUCUAUAUCUAUACCUGGCCGUGACCGAGCACGCGAUCAGUGCCGCGUUAGUACGGGAGGAAGAAAGGGCACAGCUCCCGGUAUACUAUGUAAGCAAGCGAUUGCUCGACGCUGAGUCUCGGUAUCCAUUGAUCGAAAAGCUGACAUUCUGCCUGCUGAUGGCAUCCCGAAAGCUUCGACCUUAUUUUCAGGCCCACGCCAUAAAGGUUCUGACCAACCAUCCCCUGCGGCAAGUAUUACAGAAGCCCGAGUCAUCGGGAAGACUCCUGAAGUGGGCCAUGGAGCUCAGUCAGUUUGAUAUAUCCUACGUCCCUAGGGUGUCUAUCAAGGUGCAAGCUCUGGCCGAUUUCAUCGUUGAGUGUUCCGGGGUGUCUCAGGAAGGAAGUAUUCCCGGGACCCCCGCGGCACCCGUAUGGAAAGUCUUCGUGGACGGCACCUCGAAUGAAAACGGGGCCGGGGCCGGGAUCAUCUUGGUAUCGCCACAGGGGCACCAGUUACAAAAUGCUCUCCAUUUCCAAUUCAAGGCGUCGAAUAACGAGGCGGAGCAUGAAGCUGUGUUAGCCGGGCUGCGUUUGGCCCGGGAGGUAGGGGCAACGAACCUAGAAAUCUACAGCGAUUCUCAGCUAGUUGUCAGACAAAUCUCGGGGGAAUAUCAAACUAAAGGAGAGAGAAUGGUGGCCUAUGUGACCCAGACGAGAGAAAUGCUACAGGCAUUCACAAAGCACUCCAUCCGCCAGAUCCCCCGAGAGCAAAAUGUUUUCGCGGAUACACUAGCGAAACUGGCCACUAACACCGAGGCGGAGCUGGCCGGGCUGGUCCCCAUCAACCAUCUCCCCGUCCUAAGCAUCAGGGCCCCCGCAGUCCACAUCGUUGAUCACUCCACAUCUUGGAUGGGACCGCUUAUCUGCUACCUAACAGCCGGGAAGGUUCCAGCCAACCGGGCUGCAGCCAGGAAACUCCAGUAUCAAGUCCACCGAUAUGUCAUGAUGGAUGGAAAGCUCUAUCGUCGGGGUUUGUCCAUGCCUUACCUCAGGUGUGUGUCCGGGAUUGAAUUGAGUGCUAUCAUGCAUGAAGUGCACGAAGGUUUUUGCGGAGAUCACACUGCCAGGCCCAGACUAUCCAAGAAGAUCUUGCGCCAAGGAUACUUCUGGCCAACCAUGAAGAAAGACUGUAUUGACUACGUCCGCAAGUGCGAACAGUGCCAGAGGUACGCGAAGGUCCUGCGGGCCCCCCCGACAGAAAUAACCUUGAUUACUAGCCCUUGGCCCUUCGCAGUGUGGGGGAUCGAUCUCGUCGGAUCCCUCCCAACCGGGAAGGGAGGGGUAAAGUAUGCCAUCGUGGUCGUGGACUAUUGCACGAAGUGGGUUGAGGCAGAGCCCAUGAACACAAUCACUUCCAAAAGGGCCUUAGAUUUUGUCAUCAAUAACAUAAUGUGUUGGUACGAUCUCCCCUACAAAAUUGUGUCCGACAACGGGAAGCAGUUCGACAGUGCCCACUUCACGGAUUUUUGCGAAAGGCACGGUAUCGUCAAGAGCUUCUCCGUGGUCGCCAGGCUCUAGGCAAAUGGGCAGGCAGAGGCCGUGAACAAAAUCCUAAAGGGGACGCUGAAGAAAAACUCCAGGCCUGCAAGAGCAAAUGGCCCGAGGAACUGCCCCGCGUACUAUAGGCUUACCGGACGACCGAGAGGACAUCAACCAGCCACACCCCCUACUCCAUGGUCUAUGGAUGCGAAGCCGUCAUCUUGAUCGAAACGAUCGUCCCGUCCCACCGACGAGACACGUACGACCCCGCCCAGAACCAUGCCUUACUCCAAGAAUCACUAGAUCUCAUCGAAGAGAUCCGGGAGGAAUCGCAGGUGUAGCUAAAGAUGUACCAAGGCAAGAUUGCACGACACUUCAACUCCAAAGUCAAAAGCCGAAAGUUUGGAACCGGCGACUUGGUCUUGCAAAGAGUCUUCCCUGCUACUCAAGAUCCGGGAGUGGGGGUUCUGGGCCCAAAUUGGGAGGGGCUGUACGAGGUCCAACACGAGGUGUGCCCCGGGACAUACCGCUUAAAGUGGCUCGAUGGCUCGGAAGUCCCGCGAGCCUGGAACGCGGAGCAUCUCCGUAAAUACUAUCAGUAGUCGGGAGAGCGCGUUCCAAUUUAGUAUUUUCAUUGUAAACCGUGUACGCCUUAGGGCGACCCCCUUUAAAUAAUAAAAAUGGAGUGUACAAAACGUCAUAAAGAAAUGUUGUAAAACAAUGAUAAUCUUUCUCAAGUGACCCCAGACCCGUCUCCGCUCACUUGCGGGGGGUGUCCCAGGUAUAAGCAAAUACCAGACGGGGCGCAAGCUCAGGCUAGUCCCGACUCGGACCAACGAGGUUCGGGUGACGCAAACCCCAAGGCUGGUCCCACCCUGGACGAACAAUGUCCGGGGGUAAAAAGUUAAGAGGACCAGGUCCAAGGCUGGUCCCACCCCGGACGAACAAUGUCCGGGGGUAAAAAGUUAAGAGGACCGGGCCCAAGGCCGGUCCCACCCCGGACGAUCAAGGUCCGGGGGUAUAAAAGUUCAGAGGACCGAGCCCAAGGCUGGUCUCACCCCGGACGAACAAUGUCCGGGGGUAAAAAGUUAAGAGGACCGAGCCCAAGGCCAGUCCCACCCCAGACGAACAAUGUUCGGGGGUAAAAAGUUAAGAGGACCGGGCCCAAGGCCGGUCCCACCCCGGACGAACAAUGUCCGGGGGUAAAAAGUUAAGAGGACCGGGCCCAAGGCCGAUCCCACCCCGGACGAACAAGGUCCGGGGGUAUAAAAAGUUCAGAGGACCGAGCCCAAGGCCGGUCCCACCCCGGACGAACAAUGUCUGGGGGUAAAAAGUUAAGAGGACCGAGCCCGAGGUCGGUCCCACCCCGGAUGAUCAAGGUCUGGGGGUAUAAAGUUAAAAGGAACUGAGCCCAAGGCUCAUGUCGCUCCGGAUGAGUGGUGUCCGGGAGAAAGGAGCGUCCGGUAUGCCCCAGGGCAAAGCCAUGGCGUGUAAUUGAUAAAGGGAGAGCAAGGUUCCAGGUUAAACUAAGGCCCAGUGGCCCUGGCCUUGGAGCCAGGAUUAAAAAAUGGCAAGUUAAGUCGUUCGGUCUAGUCCAGGCCAUUGGAACCGGGACCAAACCCUCACAAUCAAUUAGUCACGGCGGCAAAAUGAAAUUUCUACUCGAGAUAACGAAAAGAAACCUAUAUAAAAACCGGAGAAAACUGCAGUGUUUUGAACUUAGUUACAAGUCAAAAUUACAAAAAAAAAUAUAUAUAUAUAAGGCCGUGAUUCAGGCCUAGACUUCAUCCGCCCGGAGCUCCGCGUCCUUCUUCUCCUUGGCCUCGAACUCGGCCCGCUUUGACUCCGGAUCAGGGAAGACAAGGAGGUUCAUAUUCUUGUCCUUGCACCAGGCCAUGUAAAUGGCCUCAUCGAAGGUGACCUCCAGCAUGCCCUCGGCCUCCUCUUUUUUGCGGCGGGAUAUUUCGAGCGCCGCCUUCUCCUCAAGGAGAGAGUCGCCCAGUUCGCAGACCUAGACCUUCAAGGUCUGGAUCUCCUCCUUAUCCAGGUCGGACUGAGCCGCGGCCGCCUCCAAAAGGGUUGCCCACUCAUUGGCCUCCUUUGACUUCCGGGACAACGCCUCUUCCAGUCCAGCCUUAGCGCGGUCGAACUCCUCGCGCUCCGUCUGGGCGCGGGCAAUCUCCCAGCCAAGGGCCUCCUUGGCGGCCUCCCUCUGAUUCAUGGCCGCCUCUAGCUCCAACUUGGCCGUCUCCAUCUUCAUGGCCAGCUCGACCACCAGAUCGGCACUCUGAUGGGACAACAGAUCAACCUUGAGCAAAGAAAAGUUAGGAAAAAUCCUCAUCAACAAGUAAGAGGGGGAAAAUAAGAGAUAAGAAAAGUUACCGCAGUGGCCUGGUGGCGGAGCGCCUGGGAGAUGAACAACACGUCCGGGUUGGCUAUCAUGGCAUACCUCUUGAGCUGGAGGUUGGACAUGGUGUUCCCCACCUGGUCUAGCAGGUUAGUCGCCAGGGGGGCCGUGUCCUGUCCGAGUUUAGGGCGGAAGCCCGUUUCGGCAGCUGGCCGAUCCACGAUCGGCUUAGGAGCGCUGAACGCGGUCGGACGCUCCGCGAAUUCCACCUGACGGCCGAUCGUCAGGGCCCUGUAAGUUUCAUCCCUCCAGCCCCGACCAUUUUCCCAGGUCCGGUUGAUCAGCCGGGACUGCUCAUCCCGCAAGGCGGACUCCCCCUCCUCGAGAAGAGUCGGGCAUAUGGGAAGAACGGGCAAGGCGGGGACCUCCUUCGUGGCCAGCCGACUCUCACCGUGUGACUCGUCAGCCGAGCCAACCCGCCUCGUCCGGGGCCUCUUCCGGGUGUUGGCCUCUUCGGCGCCAGCGUCCGGGCCCCUUUUCCCAGAGCUUCAGCUGACCGCUGCACCUGCCUCCAAGUCAAUUACCGGGUGUUGGGCGGGGGCGGAGACUGCAGCAUGCUCCACGGCUUGAAUGGGGAUCGCGGCCAAGGCUCCCCCACCGGGACGAAGCUCCGUUCCGGACGCUUCCUUGUUGAGGCUGGGCUCCGGGCCUGUCACCUCGCUGUUUUUCCUGGCCGACCCGGGACGAACCCUCAUCUAUGCCCCGGGCGCGACUCAACUCCUCUAAAGCAAAUGAAUGGACUCGAUCCCCCAUGUUUUCCGGGUUCAGGAAAUUCCCAUACUGGAGGAACCCGGAUAAGAACAUAAGGACCUCCGAGCCUACGGGGACGGGGGUUGAAGGUCUCAUCUCCCCGGCGGCCCCGAACGCGGGGCCCGAGGGUACUAGCCUAUCCCUAGCUAAGUCCCUGACUCGGGGAGCAUAAGUUAAGAUUAAAGGGGAGUUACCUCGCCCCGAUACGCUAGCCCCGGGAGUCCCAGUGUUUGGUAGGGCGUCCUCAAAGAGCUCCUCCAGCUCCCCCGAGGUGGCCGCCUUUGUCGGGUCCUGGUCCUUCUUGCGCUGGGCUGCGUCGGCUCGCGCUGCUUUCUCCACUCUGGCAAUGUGGUCCUAGGCCAACUGCUCCCGGAUGGCGACGUUCUUCUUGCAAGCGAUGCCUCGAUGGUUCGGGAUGACGAUUAUUUGGGUGGCCGUGAGCAUCCCGACCAAUCGAAGGUUGUCCGUGCUGACGUAGCCGCCCAUGUCCAGUUCGUCCGCGCUCAGUUUGGAGUAAAACUUCCUCCUUUCCAUAAUGAAAUCGGUGAGGGGAGUUUGAGCGAAAGGCCUUGCCACCCGGGAGUCAUGAUGAGAAACGACGAAAAAGAAUGAAACGAAGUAAAAAGAAAGGGGGGCCAGGAAAGUACUUACCCACUCGCUGGAAGUCUAGCAACAAUGUGGGGUUCUUCUCCACAAGGAACCCGGACAUCAUGAACCAGUAGUGACGAACAUUCGGGGGGUGCUUCCAGAAGCUGGUGGGAGCGGGGUAGCUACUUCGCGGCUUCAGUCUACAAAAGCCAUCCAGGGUUUUGUCCUUAACGUUGACCUGCGGCUCCAUCUUGUAGAAGUACAUGAUCUCCGCGGGGGUCGGCUCCGCAAUCUCCUUCGCCAUACAAAACACCUGCCAUCCAGCGAGUAGCCGGUACGCUUGAGGCAGGAGCUGAAACGGCGCGAUCCCCACAUACGUCAUGAACCGCACAAAGUAAUCGUGAAGCGGGAGCGUGGCUCCCGCGCUGAUGUGGCCUGCACUCCAGGCCCCGAAUCCCUCGACGGACGUGUGCGCCCGCUCCUCGAUCCUAGCCAUGCGAUUGUGGAAGAGUCCGGGAGUGGACUUUAUGCCCAGACUCUUCUCCGGUGGUACAUCAUCCGGUAGUUCCGGAACAGGUUGGGCGCCACGUCCAUUUCCCACCUAUUACCCUCGGGUGUCCGGGAUCCAGAGAUGACGAUCGGGGCCGCGUUGACUUCUUCCUCGGAGUGGAGAGUAAUGCCCGUGGCCAUAGUUGGUGAUUUGGGAACAAAGAAAGAAAGCCAAGCAGUCAGUACCCAAACCCAAGAAAGUCGGUUAAGGUACGAGGGGUCUCCUAAGGACUGCUUGGAGCCCCGUCGGAUCGGGUCCGGGAUUACCAAGGAAUCACGGGAUCCCGAUCGGGAACGGAAAAAGAGCUACCAAGGCUCCACCAUCUGUCCGGGAAGCAUCCGGAUACGGAGCAACCCGAACCAGGCAGCCUCCCUAACAACUCCUAAACGUAAUCAAGGUCUAGCAGCCUAAACAUGCGAAUUAAACGAACAACAUAAGUUCGUAUAUUCGUCAAGAGGGUCAAGAGGACUUACUGUGAGUUGUUGGCCGUAGAAGGUGGUGGUUGUCCGACGGUAAGAACGACAAAACUUCGUUCUUGAAAUGGUGCAGCCGGUCCAGCAGUUCGUCGACAGGACAGGCAUAGGAUGCGUCUUCAGGUGGAAGGGCAGACGCUGGGGUUCUGGGGAAUAGGCAACAACACAGAGUUAGCAGAAGAUGAUGUAUACCGUCGACGAUAUCGGACAUGCAACGCUUGGGCAAAGCUUAUCGGUUCUUGAAAUGGUUCGAGAGUGUAAAAUUGUCAAAUUGGCGUUCGUGGGGUAUUUAUAAAGGCCCUGAAUCUUGCCCUCCGAUCCAACGGACAUGUGUCUCCCCAUCGGAUGGUCUAGACUCGUGCAGAGACAUUUAUGAGCCCUCUCAGGUCGGAUCCUCGCCAUCUCAGAUCUAACGACCCAGGAGGGGCGGAUGCUAAAGGUCGCCCCAUCCUACGGUUCACCUGAACCCAAGAGUAUUAAUGAUGGACCCCCGUGCGGAUGGGAUGCUUCGUGAUCUGUGCUGACACACUAGCCUAGGCCUAGCGACCCUUGAGAUGGCUAGGCGACCUUUCAAGAUCCGUGCAGCAAUCACCUGGUGACAUGUGUGCCCUUGCCACGAAGUGGGACUAAGGUAAAUGUACCCGGACACUGGUAAACGGUCUGGGCCCAGCAUACGGCCAGCAUCGCUGCCCUCUGUCACGGACCCACGAUCCCAAGCAGGAAUUGGGAAGGCAGUCGUGCAAGCGUCCAGGAACAAUGCAAGCCUCCUCCUAGCGGGCCUAGGCGAAGGCUUGGGGGGUAAAUGUUAUCCCCAUUUCCUGCGCGGGCCCGGAACGGCCGUCCAGGCCCAUGGUCAGGGCAUUCAAAAUGUGGGCCCGGGCCAAGGCCUCUUGGUACGGGAAUAUCCAAGGGGGGGCACGGGGUCUAGUGCAAUUCUGGGUCGUAUGGGGGUCUGGUAUGGUUAUCUGGGACAGUCAUCCGGGAGACCUGCAGACAUCUCGGACCCCCGACGGUAUACGUGCCUUGUCCCGGAGCCUGGUACGGUCCGGGCCUAUGGUAAAUGAAGAGCGACAAAGGUAAACGGACCCAGAUCACGUCGUCCCCCGUUAGUGGGAAAAGCGUCUAGGACCUUGAAGCCGCCCCACUCCGCGUGAAUGUUGUCCCUACUUUUCACCUGCGGAGAAGGCCACCUCGGGAUUGCACGCCGUUGUUUCAGAUCUGCACUACCAAGUACUCUGACUGGUCUUGUCCCCUGAAUCUGCCUCGUAACUCGAAGUGUCCAGACCAAAAGCACCGUUUUGUCGGGCGAAAUAUAGUUCUUAGGCCAACUUAUUGGGCCUUAAUUGGUCUGGAAUUUAUGUAUGUUUUAUCUUUCAUAUUGGGCUUCCACCAGAGAGGCCAAGAAUAUCCAUAUCUCUGAUGGGCCCGGGUCGUACCCGGCCCAGACCCAGUGUUCUCAUGAGCCUAUAAAUACGGGCAAUAGAACACUGGGGAGGGGACCUCUCUUCGACUGAUAUAUAGUUACUCUGUAUAAACAUAGAGAGAAACUCCAUUGUAAAAGAUUUUCUAAGCUCUAAUACAACUGACUCGUGGACUAAGGCUUAUUAACGCCCCAACCACGUAAAAAUCCUGUGUUAAUCCUAUAAAUUUCAUAUCAUUAGUCUUAGCUGAUAUUCAUUAGUAUAGUUUCCGAAAAUCUCGGUAAACAAGAAAUAUUUACAACAUAUAAAUACAACCAAGUCAGCAAAACGACAAAAACUAGGUUUUAUUACAUUCAUCUCCCAAAAUCCACUGGCUGUGGUAGCCAGACAGACCAAACAUGUACACGUCGCCUCAUGCUUGCUACACUCAAGGUUGGUUGACUUUCUCCUAGUCCUUACCUGCACCACAGAGCAUCCGUGAGCCGAAGCCCAGCAAGAAAACCCACAAACAGAUAACAUAUGCAAAAAUCAACACAUAGCAUAUAAACAAGCCAUCAGUAGGCUAAACACAUACGGCCAAGCCGACCCAGGUGCUUUACCAGGCCCUGGGUUUGCGGUCCACACCGUGAGGAUAUCCCAAGUAUCAUUUAGGGUCCCGCCCUGGCAGUUCGCACUCCACGUGCUCAAUACUGCUCCCGGCCCGUUGCCGUACUCGGCCUUGCACUCAAAGUGCCCAACGUCGUUCCCGGUCCCUGCUGACCUCGGCCUACACCGUUCCCGGUUCUUGCCGAUCAUUCACAUAAUUGCACUCAUAGCAUAAUAAACACAUACUGAACACUAACAAAUUCAAUCAAAGGGCUACGCCCUGCAAUUCAAACAUAUUGGGCUUAGCCCUGCAUAGAAGCUCUAUGGGAACAAGGGUUUUCUUACCUGAGUCCCGAGCUCUCCGAGCACCGCUAUCCCGAGCACAAUCCUCUAACUUGAGCCUCGCCGAAACCCUAGUCACAACACAUUAACAAUAUCCAUCCAUCAAGUUCUAAUCCAUAAAAUAGCUUUGAGCCAUAACUCUAACCUCCGGGACCUUGAAUUCUAUCAAUCCGGGUGAUAAAAUCCAUCUCGAGCCUCCCAUGGCAACGCGCGCACACGGGCCGCGGCCCUAGCCUCCAACCCGGAAAUCUUCAUCCUUUUCCUGCAUUUUCUUCAAACCAAUUCACCCAAAACCAAACUAGCAAUCCUAGAUAAUUAUCACAAAGGUUCUAGCCCAGUUUUAACAUCAAAACCUAUCAAGAACCAGCCCCCAAAACUCAGCCUAACAAUCAAAUCCCAAUUCAAACUUAGCCCACAUGCAACUUCAAUAUACAACCUUAAACCAACUGCAAAAUUGGCUCAUCAACGUAUUAAGAAAUUACCUUGAUGAAUUAUACUUCUGUGCAUAUUCUCUAAAUCCCAAGCUCAGCUUCAAUCAUUAGUUCUUGGCUAAUGGCCACCCAAAGCUUAAUUCCCUUGAGUUUGUCUUAGAGAGUGAAAGAGAGAAAUAUGAGAAACUAUCUUCAGCUAGGAAGGAAAGGUGAAUGUCGGUUUCUAAGUCUCCACUAGCUUCCUAAACUUUGUUUUAUUUAACUUAGGCUUUAAGGUUACCUCAAGGCUCGGGGUACCAAAACGUCCCCGAGGGAAAAAUGGUAAAUUUUCCCCAAUAUUCCCUCCUAGACAUUCUAUCCUCAAAUAUAUCUCCAAAUAUUUAUUUCCAUACCCUGAUAACCCAAUAUAAUAACUAAUGCCCAAAUUACCCCUCGACUCGCCCUGAGUUGGAUUCUCAACCCCGUUGUGAUUUUCUGGCUAACCGCUCCCCAGGACUGUCUCCGACCGUGCUACAUAGAUAAAUCACAUACAUAUCGCAUUUAUCACAUUUAUCACAGUUAUACCCCUGCUAUCCAAACGGGGCCCACAUGCACAUUUAACUCAACUAAACAUGCAUCUUUAUCAUAUGUUCACAUAAAUUCACAUAUUAGCAUAUUAAUUCAUUUAUUGCCCUCUAGGCUCGCUAAUCAAGGCCCUAAGCCCUAUUAACAAAUUUGGGUCGUUACAACUAUCCCCUCCUUACAGAAAUUUCGUCCUCGAAAUUACCUGAACAACUCGGGAUACCGCUCCCUCAUCUCUGACUCAAGUUCCCACGUCGCCUCCUCAACCUUGUUGUUCCUCCACAACACCUUCACCAAGGCGAUGGUCUUGCUCCGCAAGACCUUAUCUUUCCGGUCAAGAACCUGAACCGGCUUAUUCUCAUAGGACAAAUCCUGAUCAAGCUCCAGAUUCUCAUAACUUAGAACAUGCGUCGAAUCAGACACAUACUUCCGGAGCAUGGAUACAUGGAAAACAUUAUGAACCCCUGAUAAAGUUGGAGGCAUCGCUAGUCUGUAAGUUACCUCUCCAACCCGUUCCAGAACCACGAAGGGGCCAACAAACCUAGGGCUCAACUUGCCCCGAACACCGAACCGUUUCACUCCCCUCAAAGGUGAAACCCUAAGAAACACAUGAUCACCAACCUAAAAUUCCACGCCCCUGCGUUUCAGGUCUGAAUAGCUCUUCUGACGACUCUGGGAGGCGAGCAUUCAUGCUCUAAUCUUCUCAAUCGCCUGAUUGGUCCUCUGAACCAUCUCUGGACCCAGAUACCUGCUCUCACCUGUCUCAUCCCAAUGAACAGGUGAUCUACACUUCCUUCCAUAAAGCAUCUCGUAUGGAGUCACUCCGAUGGUCGCCUGAUAACUGUUGUUAUACGAGAACUCAAUCAAAGGGAGAUACUUACUCCACGAUCCCCCAAAAUCUAACACACAGGCUCGCAACAUGUUCUCCAGUAUCUGAAUCGUCCUCUUAGACUGUCCGUCUGUCUGAGGAUGAUAAGCGGUACUAAAUCGUAAUUGCGUGCCCAUAGCCUUCUGCAGACUCUCCCAAAACUUGGAAGUGAAGGUGGGGUCUCUGUCGGAUACUAUCGACCUCGGAGCCCCAUGAAGUCGAACAAUCUCCUUCGCAUACAACUCAACAUACUGCUCCACAGUAUAAGUUAUCCUAACAGGUAAAAAGUGGGCGGACUUGGUAUACCUAUCCACAAUUACCCACAUCGAGUCAUGCUGUCCCAUGGUCCUUGGCAAACCAACCACAAAGUCCAUGGUGAUAUCUUCCCACUUCCAUUCUGGGAUCCCCAGAGGCUGCAGCAACCCCGCUGGCCUCUGAUGCUCAGCCUUGACCUGCUGACACGUUAAGCACUUGGCCACAUAAUCCACCACAUCCCUCUUCAUGCCUGACCACCAAUACAAAGCUCUCAAGUCCUGGUACAUCUUCGUCGUACCCGGGUGCAAAAAAUAGGGAGUGGUAUGCGAUUCAUCUAAGAUCUCUCGUCGAAUAUCAGAAUCCAUCAGAACGCAGAUCCGACCCUUGUACUUUAGUAAUCCCAUCUCUGAAAUAGAAAAGUCCUUAGUCGCCCCGACUAAGACAUUCUCUCUGUGACCUCUCAACUCAGAAUCUUUUCCCUGUGCCUCCUUGAUUCUCUCAAGAAGUGUAGACUGAAGAGUGAUGUUGGCCAACUGACCAACCACCAACUCUAUACCUGCUCUGGUCAUCUCCUCAGCUAACUUAUCAGAUAUCUGCCUUGAACUAAACAACUGUCCUGGGCCCUUCCGACUCAAUGCAUCAGCCACCACAUUAGCCUUCCCAGAAUGGUAUAGGAUAUCGCAAUCAUAAUCCUUAACCAAUUCUAGCCACCGCCUCUGACGCAUAUUCAGGUCCUUCUGAGUAAAGAAAUACUUUAGGCUCUUAUGGUCGGUGUAUAUCUCGCACUUCUCACCAUAAAGAUAAUGCCUCCAAAUCUUAAGUGCGAACACCAUUGCUGCCAACUCCAGAUCAUGUGUGGGAUACCUCUAGUCAUAUUCCUUCAACUGUCUCGAUGCAUAGGCUAUCACCUUACCAGCUUGCAUCAGCACGCACCCUAAACCCUGUCUGGAUGCAUCACAAUAAACCACAAACUUUUCAUUGUAUGUCGGCAAACUUAGCACCGGUGUGGUGAUCAAUCGCCGCUUCAACUCCUUGAAACUGUUCUCACAUUUUUCCGUCCAAACAUACCUUGUCUUCUUCUUUGUCAGUUCUGUCAAUGGCGUAGCUAUUAUGGAGAACCCUUCUACGAACCGCCGAUAGUACCCCGCUAAGCCUAAGAAACUUCUCACUUCAAGAACAUUGCUCGGUCUAGGCCAAUCUCUGACUGCCUCAAUCUUACUUGGGUUAACCAGACUCCCCUCCUUACUGACAAUAUGGCCCAGAAAUGUAACUUGUGAUAACCAGAACUCACACUUACUGAACUUAGCAUAUAACUUAUGCUCUCUCAACCACUGUAGAACCAACCGCAGAUGCUGCUCAUGUUCUGUCUCUGACUGAGAAUACACCAGGAUGUCGUCGAUGAACACAAUUACAAACUUAUCCAGAUAAUCCUUGAAAACCCUAUUCAUCAUGUCCAUGAAGGCUAUUGGGGCAUUGGUUAAUCCAAAGGGCAUAACCAGGAAUUCAUAGUGUCCAUACCUCGUUCGGAAAGCGGUCUUUGGUAUGUCCUCCUCUUUAAUCUUUAACUGAUGAUAACCUGAUCGGAGGUCUAUCUUGGAAAACACUGUUAUUCCCUGUAGCUGAUUAAACAAAUCGUCGAUCCUAGGCAGUGGAUACUUGUUCUUAAUGGUUAACUUGUUUAGUUCCCUGUAAUCGAUACACAUCCUAAGGGAUCUAUCAUUCUUCUUAACGAACAAUACUGGAGCACCCCAUGGCGAGAAACUCGGUCCGAUAAACCCCAAAUCAAGUAACUCCUGCAACUGAAUCUUCAACUCCUUUAACUCCGCUGGAGCCAUUCUAUAAGGUGUCCUAGAUACUGGCUCCGCUCUUGGUACCAACUCUAUAACAAAGUCAAUCUCCCGCUGCGGCGGCAACCCUGGCAAAUCUGCCAGAAACAAAUCCGGAAACUCACACACCAAUCUAGUUUCACCCGGUCCAACCGACACCACCCUAGCGGUAUCCACAACGCUCGCUAGAAAUCCCAUGCAACCUUCCUGCAUCAGGUCUCUAGCCCUUAAUGCUGAAAUCAUUGGUACUCGCGAUCCACUAACCGUCCCCACAAACACAAAGGGUACCUCCCCUUCCAGUUCAAAAGUCACCAUUCUGCGCUUGCAGUCAAUCGUUGUCCCAUACUUCGAUAACCAAUCCAUCCCUAGAAUCAUAUCAAAGUCAUCCAUCCCUAACUCAAUCAAAUCAACAGACAGUUCCCUACCAUCUACCUCUACUGGCAAUGCUCUAAUCCAUUUCCUAGAGACUACCAGUUCUCCCGUUGGCAGCAAAGUCUGAAAUCCCCUAGCAUACACACCACUAGGUCUACAAAGUUGAUCUAUCACUCUAGUAGAUACAAAUGAAUGAGUAACCCCUGAAUCAAACAAUGCAGUAUACAGAGAACCAGCACUAGAGAUCUGACCUGUCACUAUCGAGGGGCUAGCCUCUGCCCCGGUCUGAGUCAAGGUAAAUACCCUGGCAGGAGCAAGACUGUCACUCUGCUUCUUCUCCUCUUUCUUGACUCGAGGGCAAUCCCUCUUCAGAUGACUGGCACUCCCACAAACAAAAUAGGCCAUGAUCCUGCACUCACCCUGGUGUCGUCGCCUGCACCACGGACACACUGGAAAGCUCCUCCAGUUGUCACUUCCACCCUGACGGCUAAUGGAAGCACCCCGUGCCCUCCUAUCUGAACUGGGAGGAACAAAUGAAUCUGGGGUCUUCCUCUUCUGCUCACUAAAACCAACACCCCGACUGGAUCCCACAAAAGGAGACACUGUCCUCUUGGCAUCGCACCUAACAACGCUUUCCUUCCAGAUCUGAUCUUCGGCCCUCUCAGCAGAAAGGGCAUUGUCCACUACCUGGGCAUAAGUAGUAGUCUCUGGCUCCAAAGUAAUAUUCACAUCGCGGGCGAUCAUAACGUUCAACCCCCGCACAAACAUGUCCCUUCUUACCGCAUCAGUCGGCACUAAAUCUGGCGCAAACUUCGCCAAUCUGUCAAACUUUAAAGCAUACUCUGUUACUGUUGAUCAGUUCUGAGUCAGGUUGAUAAACUCAUCAACCUUCCCAGCUCGAACUGCCACACUGUAAUACUUCUCAUUAAAUAAGUUUCUGAACUCUUCCUAGGUCAUAACUGAUACAUCCCUUCUCUGAACCACCACGUCCCACCAGAUGUGGGCAUCCUCUGUAAACAUUAGCUAGCACAAGCUACCCUUUCAUUCCCCUUUCAUACUCGACCUCCCAUGGCCGUCCGCGCACAUGGGCCGCGGCAUGCCCCUCCUAGGGUCGCGGCCCUAGCCUCCAACCCAGAAAUCUUCAUCCUUUUCCUGCAUUUUCUUCAAACCAAUUCACCCAAAACCAAACUAGCAAUCCUAGAUAAUUAUCACAAAGGUUCUAGCCCAGUUUUAACAUCAAAACCUAUCAAGAACCAGCCCCCAAAACUCAGCCUAACAAUCAAAUCCCAAUUCAAACUUAGCCCACAUGCAACUUCAAUAUACAACCUUAAACCAGCUACAAAAUUGGCUCAUCAACGUAUUAAGAACUUACCUUGAUGAAUUAUACUUCUGUGCAUAUUCUCUAAAUCCCAAGCUCAGCUUCAAUCCUUAGUUCUUGGCUAAUGGCCACCCAAAGCUUAAUUCCCUUGAGUUUGUCUCAGAGAGUGAAAGAGAGAGAGAUGAGAAACUAUCUUCAGCUAGGAAGGAAAGGUGAAUGUCAGUUUCUAAGUCUCCACUAGCUUCCUAAACUUUGUUUUAUUUAACUUAGGCUUUAAGGUUACCUUAAGGCUCGGGGUACCAAAACGUCCCCGAGGGCAAAAAGGUAAAUUUUCCCCAAUAUUCCCUCCUAGACAUUCUAUCCUCAAAUAUAUCUCCAAAUAUUUAUUUCCAUACCUUGAUAACCCAAUAUAAUAACUAAUGCCCAAAUUACCCCUCGACUCGCCCUGAGUCGGAUUCUCAACCUCGUUGUGACUUUCUGGCUAACCGCUCCCCAGGAUUGUCUCGGGCCGUGCUACAUAGAUAAAUCACAUACAUAUCGCAUUUAUCACAUUUAUCACAGUUAUACCCCUACUAUCCAAAUGGGGCCCACAUGCACAUUUAACUCAACUAAACAUGCAUCUUUAUCAUAUGUUCACAUAAAUUCACAUAUUAGCAUAUUAAUUCAUUUAUUGCCCUCCAGGCUCGCUAAUCAAGGCCCUAAGCCCUAUUAGCAAAUUUGGGUCGUUACAUCCUCCAGGAACACGGCCGCCAACUCCACUAGUUAGGACCGACACGCCCGAGAAUACGAGGCCUAUCCCCCCCUCCGGGAAAACAUCCCGGAGUCGGCCCGUCUAACCCGGCUCAAGAAAAAGGGAAAGCCCAAGAUGAUGACCCUAUGGGAAAAGCAAACCCCCAGAGGAAAACUCAUCCCGUCCUAGGACGGGAUCAUCUGAUCAAUCCGCAAGGGAUGCGCCCGUAGGGUAAUAAGCCCGGGCUGUCCCUAGACAGACCAGAUGGGAGCAACGUUUCCACCACAGUGUCUCCGUGAAUAAGGAUCACCGAGGGCGCCGACAUGUUGACGAUCUGGAAGCCAUUAGAUCAGAGGACGACACGUCCCGGAUAGACUUGCGCGACGGUCUAAAUGCCCGAAAGGAGCGGGCCUGCAAGGAGAAUAUUUUCCCCCCGAGGGGGAGAUCUGAGGCAUAACCUCAAUGAUAGGAGGAAUGAAAGGGUUCCCUUGGACGACGGAAUGGCUAGGCAGUUCAUGGAACAGCUGGCCGCAUUAAAUAAAGUCACAGAUCGUCUGGUCCGUAAACAAGAGGGAGAAGGUUCCGAUUCUGAAGAGGAGGAAAAUGAACCAUGCGCCAAACACAUCCUGGAUGUGGUGCUCCCUAAAGGGUUCAAAAUGCUGAAUUUGCCCGCCUAUACUGGUAACACAGACCCCAGGGACCAUUUGUCCCGCUAUAAUCGGUUAAUGACCGUAGCCCAUGUCUGUGACAACUGCAAAUGCCUCCGUUUUUCGACCACUCUAGAUGGACCCACAGAAGAGUUGUGGAAAAGGCUCAAGCCAGAAUCUAUCCAAUCCUGGUCCGAAUUACAGUCGGCGUUCCGCAAGUAGUUUGUGGCCGCCAUGAGGAUGGACAUCCACAUCAGCACCCUUGCUAACAUUAAACAACUCCUCACAGAGACUCUGAGGGCCUACAUCCAGCGCUUCACGGAAGAGGCCUCAAAAACCAAGGUGGAUGAUGGGCAGCGCCUGGUGGCCCUACAGUCCGGGAUCCGAGCCGCGUCCCCUCUCUGGGACGACAUGUAGCGCAGUAAGGCUUUAUCAACUGAGAGGAGGCCCGGAUCCAGGCAUUCGGAUGGCAGCCGUCUCCCCAGCCGAGUGCCCAAACUUUUCUCGGGUACAGGAUGCAGUACCCGGCCCCUCACUAUUCAACACCCCCGGUGGCGCCAGGGUCGAUGGGUACUCCCGGAAUGACUUUCGCAGCCCCAACGAUCUACGCACUACAAGAAAAAAUGCUUUUAAUAACACAAAAAAUGUGUUAUCAAAACAUACCAUAACACUUUUUGAUGUGUUAAGACCGACUAUGUUAUCGUAGGUCAGGGUACUUUACAUAACACUUUAUCAUUGUUAUACAGAUGUGUUAUUAUACU